GGAUCGGAAUGGGCAUGACUGCUCCUGUCUCCAUCACUGCUUUUCAAAAAUUACAGCAGAAAGUGAAGGUCUCUCUGCGGAUCCCAAGCCAGUUUCAAGCCAACCCUCCUUGUCCUAGCGACGAAAGCAUUAAGAUUGAAGAGAGACAGGGGAUGACCAUUUAUUCCACGCAAUUUGGUGGCUAUGCCAAAGAGACGGAUUACGUGAACUAUGCUGCCAAGCUGAAGUCUGCUCUGGGGAGCGAAGCUGCAUACCGCAAGGAUUUCUACUUCUGCAAUGGCUAUGACCCCCCUAUGAAGCCUUAUGGGCGACGCAAUGAGGUCUGGUUUGUGAAGGAAUGA